AUCUGUUCAUGAUCCUCUGUCGAUCUAUCGCGUGUCAAUUCUUGUCCGUUCUUUCCCAGGCAGAGGGUUAUGCGAUCAUCGUCUCCCCGCUAGUAUGCCGAGUCUUGAUGUCCCCGGGGAAUUCCUCAGGCAUGCUGUUCUAGAUACAGUUGUCCCGCAUGCUUCAGAUGUUGACUUGGAGGCUGCUCUGACGUCUGCUCUGGAAGGAGGCGCAGAUGACUUGACCUCUGUCCUCUCGCUUAUACCUCAACGCUCCGUUCUCUUCUUCGAUGAGUUCUGCACCGUCCGCAUCGUCCUCCGACUCUCCAAUUGUUCGCCUGCAAGCCUAAAACAAUACCUUCCACAGCUCGAGGUUGGCUUGGACGCCUUUGCUAUUGAUCCUGCCGAGACUGUUGCGGAGAACCCGACACCCACCAGAGAUCUCAUAUUCUCAGGGGCCGUUAAGGCGCAGGAGCCACUGGUGGUGGUUAAUGAGUUCGAGGGAGAUUCGGGGGAGGGCAACCAUGUCUAUGUGAUUUGGAGCAUCGAAGCUUUUCUCAAACGCCCGCGCAUACGCAUCACUCAUCCUUCCCUCCUCUUCAUCGCCUCCGCAAACCUCAAUCUAGCGAAGAAUCAACGACAAAUAUCUCGUGGUGACGACUACCUUCCGCCGCUAAUACCUGCAUCGGCCAAUGUACUACAGCCUUUGUCGUCGGAUAAAUCCCUCUCUCUCAAAGAUCCCUUUCUUCCAGCGUCCCGGCUAUUACGUGUCGUACCGGCGAAACAGACCGAGGAUCCCAUAUACCACAUUCAACAACAUUCAGGACAUCCGAUCCGAGUUGUCCCUGCUGCUAGUGCGAGAAUACGAUAUGCUCGGCUAAACUCGUAUAGCGGGCGACCAACCACUGUCGCCAGUCUCGACUUUGAGGUGACACCAUUUCUCACGUGCGACGUGACGUUUGACAAAGCCGAGCUCCGGCUAUCAGACGGGACGAUUGAGACCCUUUCUGAUGCGCCAGGGCUGGUUCCACCGAUCAAGUGUCUGCCGCGAGACGAUGUCACUCUGGUAUAUAAGUUGACACCUGAAUAUGGUCAGAAUCCGAGCCCAUCGACGACGGUCAUGGUCAGUGUUCUCGAUAUAUCCUUGGAGGCAGUCAUUCACUUAUCCGACAAUUGCAACCCACGGAUUCUGAUGCAAUGGCGGACAAACGUGGACUUUUCCUUGCCCCUCAACCCCACCUUCGGUGCUCCUAGCCAGGCAUUGCAACGGAACAACCGCCCGGCCAGCCUUCCCAUGAACCAAAAUCUGAAUAAUGCCUCGGCAGCGGCAACUGGAAUCAAUCGCACUUCCUUACGAGACCGAGCAUAUUCUACGACAGAUCUCGGGGUGUCAGUCUCCUUCACGGGCCCUCCUCGGGUGGAGGUUGGCAAGCCAUUUGCUUGGAAUGUCUUCAUCGUGAAUCGGUCCACCACCGCUCGAAAGUUUGCUAUGAUAGCUAUCCCUCGACGGAAGAGACCCGAUCCCCGAACCCAUACGGCGCGUCCAUCUUCCUCGUCGGCCUCUGUUCGCAAGGAAACCCAGGUAGCAGAAGCCGUGACCGAUGAUAAUAUUGUGCAUGCGCUCCAGAAGAGUGUGGCGGGCCAGGAAGCCGAGCUUGUUUCCAUGAGUACCGAUGUUCGUGCAGGACCACUCUUGCCUGGGACAUGUUUUGCAACGGAACUGAAACUGCUACCCUUGGCGGUGGGCGCCCUCCGCUUGGAAGCUGUGCGACUGGUGGAUGUCAACACGAAUGAAACGACAGACAUCCGAGACCUCCCGGACAUACUCUCCUUUGACAGGAAUGAAGUGCCGCCAGUGUCCUCCAGCUAGGAUGGUGUAUGUAACUUGUGAUGAUAGCUUGAAUGCCGCCUACGAUGUAAAUUUGUAUAGAAAUUGUUGUUCUCACGUUUGGACGGUCGGUGACGGCCAUGAUGAGAACUUGAAGAUACUGGUGCAGGUACCUGUUUUUGUAUUGAAUAGA